CGGUGCUAGACGCUCAUUGGCUACAGGGAGGCGUCAUUGUUACAGUCUGCACUGAUUGGACACAAGAACGUUCUCCUCACCGGAAGUGAACAAAAGAAGUCAACAUGGAGACACGUUUGAAGGUCUUGCGCGUGUUUAAAACACUGCACAGAACAAGGAUGGCAGUAUUCAAAGAGGAUAACAGAGCACUGACAGCUGCACGAUUAAAGAUCAAUGAAGAGUUUCGUAAAAACAUAAAAGAAACCUCAGAGGAAAACAUUAAGCAGAUGAUUAAAAUGGGCUCAGAUGUGGAAGCUGUUCUUCGGGAGACUGUGCUACAAGUGGAACACAAAGGAGACAAUACACUCUUGCUUCGCCCCAGAGAGAGCCUACUACUAGAAAAUGUACCCUACUGUGAUCAGCCCAGGAAAAAGUCAUGACGAAUCAUAUGAUACCCUCACCCAUCAAAUGAAAGACAAUACCAGUCAUUUAAUCAUGCAAAAGCACUAGAACAACAUUUUUUCGCCACAUUUCAUGCACACAAAAAACACGUGAAACAGGAAUCGCUGCUACAUGAAGAGUUGCCUGUUUCACCAAAGAGCUCAGCUGUUCUGUCAUAUAUGCCGGAUGCCAUGUGUCAUGUACACUGUUUUGUCAAAUACAAUUUAAAGGUGUCAUUAAUUUGGAAGUUGUCUGCCUGCUUUUUCAGUAACUCGUGAUUUCACUGAAACAUAAUAUUUUUGCUGCUGACUUCAACAAAUUGAUUAUGCACUGGUUGAAAA